GUGAAGCUCGCGCACACCGAACAGACGGACUUCCUGGUUGAGCGUGCGCUGACGCUGCGUGUGCGUCGGUUGCUCGCCGCAGCCUGAUCUUUGGGUUUUUCUGCGCCGUUUCUCUCUGCGCUGAAAGGUCAGUGGAGGAGUUGGCUCCAAAAUAUCUCUACAUGUUUGCGGACAUGCGCAGUGGGGAGAUGCCAUAUUGAAACGGUGGCAGCGGCGGCAGCAGCUGAGAGAGGAGGAGGGGGGGUCUGCGGAGGACAAACCGGGACAGACGCUCUCGGAGUGAGUCGGUGUGUUUCUGCAGGAGGAAGAAGCGAUAAACUAGUUUCUGCGGGACUCUUCCUGCCCCCAGACCCGCAGCGGACCCCGCAAACCGGUCUGAUCGGGACGUGAAGCAAUGCUCUGAGGCAGGACUGAAGCACAGAGUUCAAAGGUCGAAGCGGCAGGAUGCAGACAGGCGCUCAGGAUCAGCCGACCAAUGGGAAGGAGGAACAGGUGACCACAGGUGCCGAGUCCAUGGAGGAAGAGUUCAUGUGGGAGGAGUACCUGGAGGAGACGGGAGCCACCGCCGCCCCGCACACCAUCUUCAGACAUGUGGAGGUCAGCCUGCAGAGCAGCUUCCAGCCUGGCAUGAAGCUGGAGGUGGCCAGUAAGAGCAGCCCAGAGACCUACUGGGUGGCCACCAUCAUCACCACCUGCGGCCAGCUGCUGCUGCUGCGCUACAGCGGCUACGGUGACGACCGCAGGGCCGACUUCUGGUGCGACGUGAUGACGGCCGAGCUGCACCCGGUGGGCUGGUGCGCCCAGAACCACAAGACGCUGACGCCUCCAGAAGAGAACUUUUACCUGAGAACAGCCAUCAGGGAGAAAUACAGCGACUGGACAGAGUUCCUGGUUCAGGACCUGACCGGGUCCAGAACGGCGCCGGCCAACCUGCUGGAGGGGCCGCUGCGUGGGAAGAACACGGUGGAUCUGAUCGUGGCCGGCUCGGUUCUGGAGCUGCAGAAUCUUUCGGACCCACUGCUGUACUGGCCGGUCCGGGUGAUCCAGAACAUCGGCGGCCGUCUCCGGCUGCGGCCCGUCGGACUGAGCGAGCGGCACCGGGCGCAGGACACCUGGCUGUUCUACCUGGACGUGAGGCUCCGCCCCCUGGGCUGGGCCCUGGAGAACCGGCUGACCUUGGAGCCACCCACAGAGCUCAGGCCGUUGCUUAGCGACCGUGACUGGCAGCAGGCGCUGCAGAACGCGCAGGCGGACGGACAGAAGGACGCGGUGCCACUGGAGGUCUUCAAGGACCACGCGGACCUGCCCAGGCACGCCUUCAGGACCGGGAUGAAGCUGGAGAUGGUUUCUCCGUGGGAGCAGCUCCUCAUCCGGCCCGUUUCCGUCACCAAGGUCUACAGCGACACCUACUUCCAGGUGACCUUGGAUGACCUCUGCGCCGAAGCCGCGCCCCUUUCCGCCGUGUGCCACGCUAACUCGCCCGGCAUCCUGCCGGUCCAGUGGUGUCUGAAGAACGGCGUGGCGCUGGAGCGGCCCCGGGGCUACGAGGGCCCGGACUUUGACUGGGCCGACUACCUGAAGCAGAGCGGCUCCGAGGCGGCGCCAGACGCCUGCUUUCCUGAUACUGGACACACUCGAGGCUUUGCUGAGGACAUGUGGCUGGAGGCGGUGAACCCGGCGCGGCCGGAGGAAGUGUGUGUGGCCCGGGUCAGUCGGGUCCGCGGCCGCCUGCUGUGGCUGCGGCUGGAAGGCGUGCUGCAGCCGCAGUCAGAGUGCAUCGUGGAUGUGGAGUCCAUGGACAUCUUCCCAGUGGGCUGGUGUGAGGCCAACUCUUACCCUUUGACCCCGCCGCUCAGGCCCGUCUGCCAGAAGCAGAAGAAGAUCGCCGUCGUUCAGCCGGAGAAACAGUCGGCUCCGCCGGCCGAAGCGCCUCCUGUUGUCGCCUGCCAGCCCGUCGCCAUGGAUACGGCCACGGCGAACGGACGCUACUGCUGCUCCCGGGUUUUCGUGAACCACCGCUGCUUCUCGGGGCCGUACCUGAACAAGGGCCGCAUCGCGGAGCUGCCGCGCGCCGUGGGGCCCGGGAAAUGCUCGCUGGUGCUGAAGGAGCUGCUCAGCAUGCUGAUCAACGCCGCCUACAAGCCGGGCCGCGUCCUGAAGGAGCUGCAGCAGCUACAGGAGCCUGGAUGGGACAGCCAGGAGGAAACGCUCAAAGCCAAGUAUAAGGGGAAAACGUAUCGCUCCACCGUCCGCAUCGUCCGCCUGGCCGAGCAGAUCCCAGAUUUCUGCAGGAAGGUUUGUGUGAAGCUGCAGUGCUGCCCCAACCUGUUGGGCCCCGACCUGAGGGCCGACAGCUGCCCCGAGAACUGCUCCGUCCAGACCAAGACCAAGUACACAUAUUACUACGGUAAGAAGAGGCGGCUCCCCAAGGCGGUGGGCGGAGACGAGGCCAAGCCGGCGCGCCGACGGAGGAAGAGGAAGGCCAUCUUCGUCCAGAAGAAGAGACGCUCGUCCAACAUGGACUACACCGCCGCAGGAUCUCCUCAGGACAGCGAUGAGGAAGAGGAGGAGGAUGAAGAGCUGAUGCAGUCCUGCAGCGAAGGCAGCAGCUCCGAACCGCGAGACGACCAGACCGACGCCUCGUCUGUGGAGGCGACCGGCGGCGGCGGGCGGCCGCGCCGGGCCGCGGCGCUGCGCAGGGCCUUCAGCGCCGCGGCGUUCGGAUCGUUUGGCUCCGGCCCGUUCGGCGCCGCCCACCAGCCUCCAGACGGGCGCCGGCGUUCGACCCGAUCCCUGUCCGCCUGCAGCCACAACAACAGGCAGCAGCACAAAGACGUCAAGGUGGAGGAGGACGGCCAGCUGGUUCUGGACCGGAACCCGCUGGGGUGGAGCGUCGACGAAGUCGUCCAGUUCAUCAACUCCACCGACUGCGCAUCACUGGCCAACAUCUUCAAGGAGCAGGACAUCGACGGCCAGGCACUGCUGCUGCUCACGCUGCCCACCGUCCAGGAGUGCAUGGACCUGAAGCUGGGCCCGGCCAUCAAGCUGUGCCACCAGAUCGAGCGCGUUAAGGUCGCCUUCUACAAGCAGUUCGCCUGAAGCUGCUGUCGCCACAUUACCACAACAAAAUAGUUCAUUUCUGUUUUUGUUUGAAUCUGUUGAACCUGAAGCAAAAAGAGGAAGAGACGAUCGCUCGAAGGAUUUAUUUUGGUGUUGUUCCUGUUCAGUUUGCUCUGCCGAUCUGUGAAGAAAUGUUUAAUUUCCUUUUUAUUUGGAGGGAAAUCCCGGCUUAUUUCUGUUCGUCUGAUUGGUUCCCUAAACAUUUAAUCCUAAAGUCGUAAGGAGUAAUAUAUUGUGAGGUAUUUAUUAUUUCCUGGUAUGUAAGGAGAAUCUGGAACGCUUGAUUUACUGCACUCUCUCCUUAUUGUUACAGAAAAGAGAAAAAUCAUCUAAGCUAUUUUGUGUCCAUCUAUGCAAUUGUGCUGCAGAUAUUUUUGAUAAAAUAAAUUUCUAUGGAUUUGUA